AGAGCGGCCGAGCGCGGACCUUCCCUUCCCCCGCCUCGCCGGGCUCCCCCUCAGCAGCUCCGAGGCGAGGCGGCGGCGGGCAGCCGGACGGGGAGCGAGGACUAAGGCCGGGCGUCCCGCCGCGCUGUGCCGCGCCUAUCCCAGCCCGCUGCUGGGGCAGAGGGGCAGCGUCAAGCGGGCCGGAGCGCGCCCCGCCGGGAGCCAGCCGCGCCGCGGCCAUGGCCGAGAUUAAUGUAAGAUUGGUCACGUGGGCUGGCAUCCUCUGUUGCUUGAUAUGGAAUGGAUUUGCUCAGCAAGGUGGAAGUGACUGUAUAAAAGCUAAUGCAAAACACUGUGGUGAAUGUAUACAAGCAGGGCCAAACUGUGGUUGGUGUAAAAAAUCAGACUUCUUGCAAGAAGGAGAACCCACGUCUGCCCGAUGUGAUGACUUGGCAGCACUAAAGAGUAAAGGCUGCCCUCUGGAAGACAUUGAAAAUCCCAGGGGGAGCAAACAGGUGCUUGAAGACAGAGAAGUAACAAAUCGUAAGAUAGGUGCAGCAGAGAAGCUGGAUCCACAGGACAUUACACAGAUCCAGCCACAAAAAUUAGUACUGAAACUCAGAGUCGAAACCACUAUUGUUCAGGAAACCUGA